UUUACAUAAGUAACACCUUCAAAAACAUUGUGGCAAGCUCUUUCCGCUUCCCACAUUGACUGGAUCAGUUCCCAAGAUGACGGCCUCUCUGUUGCUGCUGACUUCCGUCCUGGGCGUGGCCCUAGCCGUCACCCCUCACAUCCUGACCCCCCAGGCCAAACCAGGCCCCGAGGCUGCCUUGAUCAUCGUGCCCGGGGCCUACGUGAAGGGAGAACAGUAUAUCCCACUAGGGCAGGAAAUACAGACGUCGUCUCCUCUGAAACUCUGGGUAGUUGUUCUGGCGGAGUUUAUCGCCGAUCUCCCAAACCCCCUACAACUGUCGGGGGCUGUCACGGACGCCAUUGCGCAGCUCCGGAAGAAAGGAAUGACUUCCGACAACGUCUUCCUGGCAGGACACAGUCUCGGAGGCGUCUUCGUUGGGAACCAUGGGAAAUCUCAUGCCAAACAGUUAAAGGGCAUCCUGCUGUUGGCGUCCUACAUCACCAAGGGGAAUCCCCUGUCCCAGUACCCUCUUCCUGUCCUCACUAUCUCCGGCGACCUGGACGGCAACACACGCAUCACCAGGAUCGCAGACACCUUCCAGGAGUUGCAGAGCGACGUUGCUAAGGACGCCAACGCUAUGUACCGCACCCCUGUCGUCAUCAUGUCUGGCAUCAACCACGCCCAGUUCGCGUCAGGCACCAUGCCCUCGGGGGUCGUCAAGGAGGACCUGGCCGCAGAGGUCACUGAAUCAAGUGCGCACAAAGUGAUUGCGCAGCACUGCAAUAACUUCCUGGUAGCAACGCUUCAACAGCCGCAGACCGACGUCUCGAAGGCCAAGGUCGCGCUCAAGCAGGCGUAUGCGGCUACAAGUCGCAUCAUGAAACCACUGCUGGACCUCAAGACCCUCGACGUGAAUGACCAGAAGGUGUCCGGCUGGACCAUCCGCGCCCAGCAACUGUUGCUAGGCGACAUCGCCAAGACGCUGAAGAUCACGAACAAGGAGGACGGCGAGGCUCAGUUUGUGCUGGCCAAGGCACAGACGGGCACCAACAACGUCGAUACCGUCACCCACGUGGCCUUGCCCUUCAACCCCCUGGAUGUCUCCACAAACAAAGCAUCCCCAGACCAACUCGAGGCCAAGAUGAAGACACGUGAAGCUGUCGUGAAAUCUUUGUCGGGGGUCAAGGCCGGGUCCGCCCCUUCUAUCACGUGCAAAGACAUCAACGAGGCUGCUUUCCAACUGGCUCUCAACUCGUCCUCCAGCGUGGCUAGGACUCGCUACCAGAAACGUGCAGUGAGGAGAAUGGUUUUCAAAGACGACGUUAAAAUUGGCACUGGCAUCCAAUGGGUAGGAUGGAAGUUGGAGUUAAAGGAAUCUGCGACUGAGCUGGAAGUAACUUCUGCCUCCCUUGUGACGAGUCUCAACACCUUCAUCUCGUCUUUUGGGGGGAUGUACUACUGCAAGCUCCUGGCUCCGUACCGCGCCAUGGAGUGGAUCUAUGUGGACUCGCUCCGGGCCGUGAGCGCAGGGAAAUCCCCCAGUCUAGUGGGGUGAUGGAGAAUGUGUUCACAUUAUCUGUGAAGAGUGUUUCAUUCAAAUUUAGUUGUCAUAUGCUGAAUUAAAUGUGUUGUACUGUU